GCAUAAUAACACUAACUUGUUGCUGUCAUCAACUGAGACUAUUUUUACGAAGCAAUACUGCGCCCUUUGCUGGCCUGUUGACAAAACUGCAAUACAGUCUUAUAGGCUAAUAAACAUGCUGACAAAGGUUCAACAAGUCGAAAGAAGGCUACAUUAGCAGUUCACGCAUGAAAGUAAGAACAUUUUUGUAACCUUUUUAACAUUCUCUCCGUCUUAUAUUUGUAAAAAAUUAUAAUGAUGACUGCAUAAAUUUAGUAACCUGCCCAAAAUGUUUCCACGUCUGUAACCCCGUACGCCAGAUGGCGCUGUUCUUUGACCUUUUUGCAAGCACGAAGUUCUGCCUCUCCACAAUGUUGUCACAUUUUCCAAUAUGGCGGCCGCCAUAGCAAGGAGAUGUACUUAUGCAUCGCGGCAUGGUUUAUGCAUCAUUUUCAAUAAAACAUCCGUAUGUGUUACAUUAAGAUCCAGCUUUAAUUCAUCUUCUAUUUUGCCAAGCGGACUUCUGUUAUCACUGAACAAACGCGGUAUUUUGAAAGAUGCUUUUCCAGACAACGCCGCCCAAGAUCAACUUCCUCGGUUACUCCAGUCUGGGAGCCAGAGCGUGUACUGUGGCUUCGACCCCACCGCGGACAGCCUUCAUGUGGGGAAUUUACUUGCCAUCAUCGGUCUUUUGCACUUUCGGGGCGCAGGUCACAAUGUCAUCGCGGUGGUCGGUGGCGCGACGGCGCAGAUCGGAGACCCGAGUGGUAAAACCAUGGAGAGGGAGAGGCUGUCCGCCGAGGUUGUUGCAGAGAACACUCGGGGAAUCAGAGACAGCUUACAAAGAAUAUUCACCAACCACGAACUCAUCUUCCACGAUAACUCCAAAAAGCUUGGCACUGUGACUGUAUUGAACAACAUGAGUUGGUAUAAAGACUGGAAUUUGGUUGCCUUCCUGUCAGAAGUGGGCAGGCAUUUCAGAAUGGGGACUCUGCUCAGCCGGCAUAGUGUCCAGUCAAGGCUAAAAAGCCCCGAGGGAAUGAGCUUGACGGAGUUUUCUUACCAGCUCUUCCAAGCAUUUGACUUCUACCACCUCAGUCAGCAUCAUGGCUGCAAGAUUCAGCUCGGGGGGACUGACCAACUGGGAAACUUGAUGUCUGGACACGAGUUCAUUCACAAGGUGUCGGGAGAGGAGGUGUUUGGUCUGACGGUUCCACUGGUCACCAGCUCUACGGGAGACAAGCUGGGGAAGACGGCAGGGAACGCGGUGUGGCUGAACAGGGAAAAGACCUCUCCGUAUGAGCUGUAUCAGUUCUUCCUCAGACAGCCCGACAGCAGCGUGGAACGGUACCUGAAGCUGUUCACCUUCCUGCCACUGGGGGAGGUGGAGAAGGUGAUGGAGCUGCAGAAAGGAGAUCCAGGCAGGAGGCCGGCUCACAGACGUCUGGCGGCUGAGGUCACCAAGCUGGUCCAUGGCAGGGAGGGUCUGGAGAGCGCCAAGAGGUGCACCAACGCGCUGUUCCACAGCAGCCUGGAGGCGCUGGGCCAGAUGAGCGAGGCGGAGUUACAGGAGCUGUUCCGCGAGGCUCCCUUCCACCAGCUGCUGCUGGAGCCGGGGACCACGGUGCUGGAAGCCUGCCACCAAGCAGGGGCCAUUUCCCCGGGCCCCCGAGGGUACCACAUGGUAUCAGAAGGGGGUGUAUGGAUGAACCACAGCCGGGCUGAUAAUCCAGAGCAGGUGCUGACCCCUGGCAUUCACAUCCUGGCCAACGGCCUGACCCUCAUCAGGGUGGGCAAGAAGAACUUCUACAUCAUCAAGUGGCUCAACUUGUGAAGACUCUGAGGUCUGAGGGACUGUCUGUAAACCAGCAGAGACACAGGAAGUGAGGGACAGGAAGUGAGGUUUGCUUGUCCUGUUGAUUGAGAUGCUGUCCACUCAAGUUUGUAUGAUCUGUACGCAAUAUGAUAAUGAAACAUUAAACAUGCAUCAGAACUGGAAUAUUCCAUGGAAGAGUUUUGUCUAGUGAGGCCUGCCUGUUGAUUUUCUCCCCAACACUAAUCUAGCACACCUGACUAAUAAUCAGCUAGUCGAUCAGGUAACAAGUGGUGAACAUUGAGGUCAACACCACUAGGUGUCGCUGUCUGCCUUCCCAUCGCAGGAAGGGGGCCCAGCCUCCUGAGGGCAAUGGGCCUGAACUGUUCAAUGACACUGCAGUAGCAACAUUAUUGUGGAGACUAAAAAUAUUAUUUUAUUUAUCAAAAACUAACGCUGGAAAUUCACCAUUUUAUUUGGAUGAGUCGUAAUAUUUUGAGAUUGACUAUGUUUGUAUUUACAUUUAGCAGACGACUUACAGUAACUACAGGGACACUCCCCCGAGGCAAGUAGGGUGAAGUGCCUUGCCCAAGGACACAACGUCAUUUGGCUCGACCGGGAAUCGAACUGGCGUGUUCAGACUACCAGCCCGAUUCUCUCACCGUUCAGCCACCUGACUCCCUAUUUCACUUGAGUUUAGAGACAAGAGUGGAAGGGCUUCACAGACUGGACCAGGAAAAUAGGGUUAAAAAUCCAAAGGCAGAUGCUUUGGUUACUUGGUCAUUAUUUGUAUCUAUUAUUACAUACAGUCGUCACGAAGGGAGAUGCUUUGCCAACUUGACUUUUCUUACAUCAAUUUCUGCCUUUUACUGUUAGCCUAGUUGACACAAGUGUAUAUUGUCCAAGACUUAUAGUGGAACUGAUCUUGUAAUUUAAAAAAAAACUGGUAUAAAUACUACUUCAAAUUCAAAAUAAUAGAAUAAAUAUUCAAACUACGUUUUUGAAUUUAUAAAGCUGAGUUUUGUAGCAAUAGAGCCGAUGGCCUCAGAGUCUGGUUGGGUGUAUUCUCAAUGUGUGGAGCUUUUAUGGUGCUUUUUAUGGUACCUUUUAUUCACUAAUACAUUAUUACACCUGCAGUGCAUUUUUAGAGUCAUAGUAGACCUACUGUAUUUAAAUGCUUAAAACACCCAUUAUAAUUAAUUAUGUAAUAAUGAAAUAUCAGAGAUAAGUCUUAAAAUUAAUUUAAAAAAUAUAAAGUAGAUGUAUUCAGAUCAUAUUUUAUAUGGAUGAGCUGAUACAUUUCGUGUGUCCGAUCAUCAUUGCUUUGCAGUUGACAUCAAGUUGCUAAAUUGCGUUCAUUGAGCUGUGAUGUUGCAACGUGUAUGAUCACCUUAAGACGAGUAGGCGGGUUCAAACUGUUUAACCAAUGAAAGCCCUCCUCUGUGUUAAAUAGCUUUCUGUGUCAAUCAUUUUUACCCCAGCCUGCCUGCCCUCAAUCGCCAUAUUGGGUACUGAAAAGGUUUGUCUGUUAUUUCUUCUCUUACUACGAGAGUCGAAAUUGACAGGAGUGGGUUCAGUUACGGCACUUUGUUUAGAUGAUCUGUGGAGACUACUUUUGCUCUCAUUGCCAUAUUGGCAGUAACUUUUCCUGCCCAGACCUAUGCAUGGCAUGCG